AUGGCUUACCCUCAGCAUCCAGCGCAGAGGCCUCCGCCCAUGAGAAACUACGGCCCUCGCCCCUCUCGGCCCCCAGGCCCACCACAAGACGGGCAUUUUGACCAAGGAUACGAUUACGAUCAUACGGACCUCCACGAGGUGCUCCACGCCCACCGCGGGGAGGUUAUGGCCCUCCCGUGGACUCACGACCUGAUCGCGGAUAUGCGCCAAGAGGUCGACCGCCGCCAAAUCGAUACGAUGCGCCUCGUGGCUAUGGCGACAGGCGAGCGCCAUCAAGGCAAGAUCGCUCAAGGCCUCGUGACCCCUCAUCCUAUGCCGCCUCCCUCCAACGCAGCAUGGGACAAUCCGUUCCCGAUAUUUCCUUCCCAAGAACCACGCAGCCGGUCCGGCUCAACGUCAACGGGAAUUGAAACGGGAAUGGCGAGGAUGGAUCUCAAUGGCCCAAUGUCGCCUGUAACUGUGCCAGACCGUCCGCAUACGUCGCACGCACGACGGCAGGAGAUGCCUCGACAGCCGCCCCCUGGCUCCGCUGGACGGGGUAGGGGAGAUUAUCCUGCUGGCCCCGUAAGAUCUACGAGCCAAGGGCGUCCGCCAGCUGGACGGUCUGAUUGGAGUGAGCGGAGCGAGCGGUCUUAUACUGACCCUAAUGGACCCCCGCCGAUACCGCAAAUCAAUAGAAGCGCAACCGUGCCUGUUACAGCUGCACCGCCAAUGACACCGGCGGCCCCGCCCGUUGCUAAGCCAAUGUAUCCCGGACAGGCUACAUACCAAGACCCGACAUUUGCCGCGAAAGCCAAUGCACACAAGUCUCUGCACGUCGACGCAUUACUGGAUAGCUAUUAUAGCACAGCCCAUGCGGAUGAACCCGACAUGCCCAAUUUCGACGCUAUGCCUGAUGGCGGCCACGGUGGUCCAAUCGACGAAAGUUUACUCGGAUUAGAAAAACCGAAAUCAAAAACACCUGCUCCCCCCGCUCCUCAGGGCCAGUACGCGGCGUUCCACCCGCAGCCUACCGAUGUUCAUCAUGUCCAAUCUCAGCCGGAGAUAAGAUCAGGGGCUGUGCCAAAUCAAUUUGAGAAUGCAGGAUUCCACUUUGACCUCCCUGCAUCGGCACCCGCUGCGCAGCACCAGGAGGGGAUGGAUUACGGGUUCGGCUACGAAGAUCCCAUGCAGACUCCACACCAGCAACACCAUGGUAGUUGGGGGUCACAAAUGAAUGCAUACUCCGAAGAACAGACAGGGUACGCAAGCCGCGGUGGCUCCAUUCGCAGCAAUGGUCCUCAGCCGUACCGGGCCAAUCAGCCCGCAUACGCGAAUGAAGCGCCGCCACCAGUAGUGAAUCAGAUGGACCCGGCAGACGCCGAGCAAAACCCCGAUGCGCUACCUCAUCAUCCGGCACCUUUCCGACCCGGCCACGAUCAGGGUAGCGGACCAGCACCUGUACGCCAGUACAACAGCGCGGCUGACUCUGCACCGCCUCCUGUUGCUGCGCAGCAAGGCCCCCCGGUUGAUUCACCCGCCGGACCAGUGACGCAAGAAGAACUUCAACAGUUGCAGCGGGUUGUCAAGAGCAAUCCUUCUGACAAGAAGACCCAACUGUUACUCGCCCAGAAGCUGGCCGAGGCCUCGGUGGUGCUGGUUGAGAGCAGUCGACUAGAUCCCAAGUCCAAGGCGAAAGCGAGGGAGAAGUAUUCGAUGGAUGCGUACAAAAUCGUUAAAAAGCUUGUGUCUAGCGGAUAUGCUGACGCACAGUUUUUCUUGGCGGACUGCUACGGCCAAGGACUACUGGGCCUUCAGGUUGAUCACAAGGAAGCUUUCCACUUGUACCAAACUGCUGCCAAGCAAGGGCAUGGUCAGUCGGCCUACCGCACGGCUGUGUGUUGCGAAAUUGGUGCGGAAGAAGGCGGUGGUACCAAGCGGGACCCAUUCAAGGCAGUACAUUGGUAUAAGCGUGCUGCAUCUUUGGGAGAUCCACCAGCGAUGUAUAAGAUGGGAAUGAUUAUGCUCAAGGGGCUUCUUGGACAAGCCAAGAACCCUCGCGAGGGUGUCUCAUGGCUGAAGCGUGCCGCAGAACGUGCUGAUGCUGAGAACCCGCACGCACUGCAUGAACUUGCGCUCAUGUAUGCUAAUGCGGGCCCGAAUGACAUAGUCAUUCGUGAUGAGGCGUAUGCUAGUCAGCUAUUCCACCAAGCUGCCGAACUGGGGUAUAAGUUCUCCCAGUUCCAACUAGCCACUGCUUACGAGUAUGGGUUGAUGGGGUGCCCCGUGGACCCCCGGCAGAGUAUCUUUUGGUAUACUCAUGCGGCCGCGCAGGGCGAGCACCAAAGUGAGCUUGCCCUGAGCGGAUGGUAUUUGACUGGCGCGGAGGGGAUUCUGCAGCAGAGCGACACGGAAGCCUACCUCUGGGCACGCAAGGCUGCGACUUCCAGUCUUGCAAAGGCAGAAUAUGCAAUGGGUUACUAUACCGAAGUUGGAAUCGGGGUCACCGCCAAUAUGGAGGAUGCCAAGCGAUGGUAUUGGCGGGCAGCUGCCCAAGGAUUCCCGAAAGCCCGCGAACGUCUGGAAGAAAUCAAGAAGGGAGGCGCCCAGAUGCAGAAAGCCCGGCUUUCUCGGUCUGGUGCCAACCAGCAGAAGCAAAACGAAGGCGACUGCAUUCUCAUGUGA